AUGAUGAAUAAAGUCGUUUAUUCUCACGUUAUUUUUCUAUUCUUUCAACUUUUCACCCAUCUGUUCUACACACUGACCUCCGGUAGUCUCGCGCGCGCCGAAGCCGCAGAAAAGUUUACCGUGGACAUGGAACGGGAUACGAAAAUUCUCUGCGAUACUCUUUGCGAAUUCCAUCGGAAAAUGUCCGGUGCUCAUGCGAGGGACUUCAGUGAACUGUCAACCGCGUGUUUUCGUCUGUGCCGUUCCCUCGAAGCGGAUGUGCAUACAAAGGAUCGAAACGGAUCGUUGAUACAAGCUUUGACGGGUGCUGGUGAAGCGUACAAAACCAUCCGCAUCUAUCAUGCGGCCGUGUGUGAACCGACCACAGCCCUGCUCGACUGUCUGCGUGAUUUCGUUCGCCUGUUCACGGGAUUUCCUAGUGUAAUCGGUCUGGGUAAGUCGGCCUGUAUCGCCUCUGACGAAGCCGAUCGACUGGCCGCCGAGGGGAAACUUGCACGCACUGACGCAAGCACUAUUCGCUCGGGUUCACUGGUUAUCACACGCUCCGUACAGGCCGAGUGUAAUUGGAUCAUGGAUCAGUUACGAACGGAAUAUUUGUCUAAAUUCGGCGAGUAUUUGCGCGAGCAAGCACGAUUCUAUCGCCAGAUUGCCGAUCAGCUGGAUCAGGCCGCCUCGCUGUUUCAAAGGGCAAGACGUCCAUCACUGCUUGUACUUGCACGACACAACGGAAUCCAAUUCGGAGUGCUGUUACCCUGGCGAACGGGAUCCAACCGACUGCCAGACAAUCGCGAACUAGCACUCCAUAGGCUCAACUACCUGAAGGGUCGAUGGAAAAGGACCGCAAAGUUGAAGGAAGCCUACUGUAACGCCACGAAACUCGACCUAGAGUUGGGAUAUAUCGAACGCGCAAUGGUAGAAGUGGAAAAGGAGCAACCAUUGUGGUACCUUCCGCACCACCCUGUCAUAAACCCAAAGAAAUCUCGGGAGAUCCGGGUUGUCUUCGAUUGUGUUGCCAAGUGUGCCCGUCUAAUAAAAGCCACAGGCCUGACGACUCCGCUGAUUGAGGUGCUGUGCAGAUUCCCGCUGGGGUCAGUUGCGGUAGCGGUUGAUAUCGAAGAGAUUUUCGUGUGGGUCAAAUUCCCCGAAGGGCAAAGGGAUGCGCUACGGUUGUGGUGGUGGCCGGAUGGAGACCUAGACGGACCUGCUCAAGAGUAUCGGAUGACGGUGCACCCGUUUGGCGCGAUAUCUUCUCCCUUCUUUGCAAACUUCGCGUUAAAAACGACCGUGAAUCGAUUUGCUCAGCACUUCAAAACCCCGGUGAGCCCCUGUGUUGAACAUAACUUUUAUGUGGACGACUUCCUGGGAUCCUUUGAUAGCAUCGAGGAAGUAGUUCGACACAUUAGGGAUUUAUCCAAGUUACUGCUCAUGGGAGGGUUCAAGUUGACCAAAUGGAUGUCCAACAUUCGUCAUGCAAUCGAUUGCAUCCCAGUUGAUGAUCGGGCGCCGAGUCUCCGUGAAUUGCAGGGGAGUCCGUUACCAACAGAUANAGCACUUGGUGUGCAAUGGGACUCAGAGAAAGACGAGUUCUUGUUCCAACUCCAGUUACCUGAGACGACGGCGACUGGCAGAGGAAUUCUGUCUUCGUUGGCCAGCCUUUACGAUCCAAUGGGGUUCGUCGCACCGUGGCUACUACCGGGCAAGAUUCUGUUUACGAUCCAAUGGGGUUCGUCGCACCGUGGCUACUGCCGGGCAAGAUUCUGCUGCAGGAACGAUCCAAUGGGGUUCGUCGCACCGUGGCUACUGCCGGGCAAGAUUCUGCUGCAGGACCUGCGUAUCCAAUGGGGUUCGUCGCACCGUGGCUACUACCGGGCAAGAUUCUGCUGCAGGACCUGUUUAGAAAAAAUGUUACUUGGGAUGAGACCCUAUGCUAGGCGGAUCACAAGACCUGGCAAGGUUGGUGCCUGA